GUUUCAUCUAAAGAUAUUACAAACAUCCAUCCUCAACCAACCUCCAGGGAUUGAAACGACAAACAUCCAUCCAUCCUCGUCUUACCUCCAGGAUCGAAACAAAGUCCGCCCAACCAAAGCCGGACCAGCACAACUAUCGCCACUCAUUCUCAUGUUCCUGGUAGAGUUAAGCUCCAAAAUCGGAAGUCUUAAACCCUAACUAAAUGAUCUUCUUCCUCAAAUGUACGCUAGAUCUUGUGAGGCCCGAAUAUUAGCCGUGAAUACCUUUCCAUGGAGAAAAUGAAUAAAGUGCAACGGGAAAAAACAUUGACAGACUUGGAUCCUCGUGUUUCUGUUCACUAUGGGAUUCCAUCAACCGCGUCAAUUCUUGCUUUUGAUCCCGUUCAACGCCUUAUGGCAAUAGGAACACUUGAUGGCAGGAUUAAAGUGGUUGGGGGCAACAACAUUGAAGGUCUUCUUUUGUCUCCCAAGCAGUUGCCAUUCAAAAACUUAGAGUUCCUAGAAAACCAAGGGUUUCUGGCCAGUGUCUCAAAUGAAAAUGAAGUUCAGGUUUGGGAUCUCAAGCACAGAUGUAUAGCAUCUAAUUUGCAGUGGGAGUCUAACAUAACUGCCUUUUCAGUUAUCUAUGGCACCCAUUACAUGUACAUUGGAGAUGAGUAUGGUUUUUUGUCUGUGUUGAAGUAUGAUGUUGAAAAAAGAGAACUUCUACAAUUGCCCUAUCACCUUCCUGUAGAUGUUAUAACUGAUGCAGCUGGAAUUUCUUUGCCCAGUCAUCAAUCUAUUGUUAGUGUUCUGCCGCAGCCCACUUCCCUUGGAAAUAGAGUGCUGCUUGCAUAUGGCAAUGGGCAUAUCAUUCUCUGGGAUGUUACUGAAGAUCGUGCUGUGCUUGUGAGAGGCAAUAAAGAUCUCCAACCUAAGGAUGGCAAAGUGGUUUAUUCUCCAGAUGGCAUUGAUCAAGAGCAGUUUACUAAUGUGACAGAAUAUGAACAAGAAGAAAAGGAGAUAAGCUCACUCUGUUGGGCAUCUUCUGAUGGAACAAUUCUUGCUGUGGGUUAUGUAGAUGGAGAUAUUUUGCUAUGGAACUUGUCAACUGUUGCUGCCAGCAAAGGUCAGAAGGCAUCUAGUAAUGUUGUUAAGGUUCAGUUAUCAUCAGGUGAGAAGAGACUCCCAGUCAUUGUUUUACAUUGGAGUCAAAACAGUGCACAUAAUGAUCAUGGAGGGAAACUCUAUGUUUAUGGUGGUGAUGAUAUUGGAUCUGAAGAAGUCUUAACGAUACUCAAUCUUGAUUGGUCUUCUGGUAUAGAAAAUGCAAAAUGCAUUGGUCGCUUGGACCUCACGCUGAACGGUUCUUUUGCGGAUAUGAUAUUGGUGCCAAAUGCUGGGACAAUGGAGGGAUAUGAUAUCUUGUCACUAUUUGUGCUGAGCAAUCCUGGACAGUUGCACUUUUAUGAUGAUUCUUGCUUGUCUGCUUUGUUGGUGCAUCCGGAGAAGAAGCAUUCUGUUCCUGCAGUUCAAUAUCCUGAGGUUAUUCCAACUGCUGAACCAAACAUGACUAUAGGAAAGCUCAAGUUGAUCAAGAAAGAAGAGAGCUUUUCAAGGCCUUUUUCAGAGACACUUUCAGCAGCAAAAUGCCAAACACAUAUAGUGACUACAGCAAGUAGCAAGUGGCCACUGACUGGCGGUGUUUCUAAUCAACUGUCCUUUGCUGAAGAUAAUGGCAUUAACAGAGUGUAUAUAGCAGGCUACCAUGAUGGGUCUGUUCGAAUCUGGGAUGCCACAUUCCCUGUUCUGUCACUCAUUUUUGUCUUGGAAUCUGAGAUAGUAGGCAUUGAUAUUGCUGGAUCAAAUUCAUCCAUAUCAGCAUUAGACUUUUUCUCUUCCACUUCAAGUUUAGCAACGGGCAAUGAAUUUGGCCUGGUUUGCUUGUAUUCGCUGGUGGUGAAAUCAAAAGAAGUGAGUUUUCACUUUGUUACAGAGACGAAUCAUGAAGUACACAAUUUACAUUGUGAGAAUGGAGCUCACUGUACGGCUGUAUUUUCUUUCCUUCAUUCUCCUGUGCGGACCCUGCAGUAUGUAAACUCUGGAGAUAGACUAGCUGUGGGCUUUGAAUGUGGCCGUGUUGCAAUGCUUGAUAUUAGUUCGUUAUCGAUUUUGUUUCUUACAGACUGUCUGUCCAGCUCAAGUUCAGCGGCUGUAUCAUUAGCUAUCAAAACAUUCCCACAUUCUCAUGGCAUUUUGAAUUGUUCUGAAAAUAGAACUUCAAAUGAAUUUGCAAAGGAAAUAAUUUUCAUCUUGACUAGAGACGGAGAUGUUGUUGCUAUGGAUAGCACCAGCGGCAAUAUGAUCAGCUCUCAGUCAAUGCACCAAACAGAGUUGGCUGCUAUUUCUAUUUAUAUUUUAGAGGAUGGUGCUUCCUCUGAAGUAUCCAGUGAAAAGUAUUCAUUGAUCUCAUCUCAGGAUCCUAAAGAAAAAACCGAACCUGCUCAAACAUGUUCUCACCAAUGUGAUUUACCUGAAGCACCUGCAACAUAUUUUGGACAGAAUUUUGUAGACUCAUUUGUUUUACUUUGUAGCGAGGAUGUACUUCUUUUAUAUUCAUUAAAUUCUCUGAUGAAGGGGGAGAGUAAGCCAAUUCGUAAAGUGAAUCUCCAAACAGCAUGUUGUUGGACUACAGUCUUCAAAAAAGAUGGGAAAGAAGACGGACUAAUUCUAGUCUACCAGAGUGGAUUGAUCGAGAUAAGGUCCCUUCAAGAUCUUGAAUUGGUGGGAGAAAGUCAUUUGAUGUCAAUCCUCAGAUGGAGUUUCAAGACUAGCAUGAGCAAGACAAUAUGCUCUUCUGAUACAGGGCAAAUUGUACUGGUCAAUGGGUGUGAAGUUGCCUUUGUAUCCUUAUUUUCCUUUGAAAAUGAUUUCAGGAUUCCAGAGGCAUUGCCUUCUCUUCAUGAUGAAGUCCUUGAAACUACUGAAAAUCCUGCCAUUGGUUCUCAACAUCAGAAGAAACAGGAUAGUGUCACUGGGAUACUUGGUGCUUUCAUAAAAGGCUUCAAAGGGAACAAAGAAGGGAAUAUUAGGGAUGCUAUUGAUGGUCAUAAAACUAUUGUGGCUCAUCUAGAGGACAUAUUUUCUAGGUUUCUGUUCUCAGACCCUUACACAAGCAUUACAGAUGACACAGAAGUUGUCGAGCUUGACAUAGAUGAUGUUGAUGUUGAUGAAUCAGCAUGGGUGCCAUCUUCAUCUCAAAAGAACAAGGGUGAAACUAAAGAUGCAGUUAAUGAAAUAGAGAGGGAAAGGUUAUUUGAAGGCGGUAGUACGGAUGCAAAACCAAGAUUGAGGACAGCAGAAGAAAUUAGGGCCAAAUAUCGAAAGCCUGGGGAUGCCUCUGCAGCUGCUGCACAUGCAAGAGAUAAGCUUGUAGAGCGCCAGGAAAAACUUGAGAAACUUAGGAUGCACACUGAAGAGCUACAAAGUGGAGGGCAGAACUUUGCAGAUCUGGCACAUGAACUUGCCAGGAGAAUGGAGAAGAAAAAGUGGUGGAACCUUUGAUAUGUAAAUAAUAAUACCAGUUUAUGGUUCCUGGGAUUGAUAUGGCAGAGGUCUACAGCAGUAUCACUUCUAACCAACUUUGUAAUUUUUUUUUUUUUUUUUGUUAUUACUAAUAAUUUAUCUGCUGGCCAGCAACUUAAAACUAAAGAUGAAUGAAAGCAUUACUAAUAUUCCUUUUU